AUGAUAAACUUUCUCAAGGGACACCCUACUAGAGCCAUUAUUCCUGUCAAGGAGAUUGCAAAUGCUUAUAAUAAAGUACUACUUGAGAGCGAUUACCUUUCAUAUGAUACCGAUCCAAAUAAUCAACAUCCAUUAGCAUAUGGUACUGAUCCAGGUAAUUUGGACGUCCGAACAACUAUUGCCAAUUGGGUGAAUGACAAAUACAGGAUUGAUUCAACAACUGCUAGUUUGAUAAAUUUGACUGCUGGGGCAUCUUAUGGGGUCGCUAAUAUCCUAGCAUCGACAACAACACCUCAACUUACUAAGAAGGCAUUUGUUGUUACGCCAACGUAUUUUUUAAUCAACAGUGUAUUUGUUGAUGCUGGGUUGGGAGAUGAUUUGAUAGCUAUUAAUGAGAUAUCAUCAGGUGAAUAUGAUCUCGAUUUGGAGAAACUUGAACUGGAAUUACAAAAGUAUGGUGAAAUUGGUGUUGAUAAUAUCUUAAAGGAUCCAAGAGGUGAACGCAAAAUCUACCAAUUUGUCAUGUAUCUUGUUCCAGCAUUUUCAAAUCCGGGUGGGGUAACUUAUUCAUUAAACACUAGAGAAAAGUUGUUACAAUUAGCAAGAGAUUACGACAUGUUACUCAUCAGUGAUGAUGUUUAUGAGUUUUUAGACUAUUCCUCAACAACAACAAUCUCAUUACCAGUACUUAAAAUAAACCAAAUUGAUCAAAAUACAGUGUCAAACAAAUAUGGAAACUCAAUUUCCAAUGCUACAUUUUCGAAAAUUAUUGCACCGGGGUUGCGAGUAGGUUGGCAAGAAUCGGCAACUCCUGCAUUAGUUCAACAGUUGAGUAUCACAGGUGCUAAUAAAUCUGGAGGUACACCAUCUCAAUUAUCAACCUUUGUUGUUGCUGAUUUAAUCGAAUCAGGGAAGUUAGAUACAAUCAUUCUCAAUUUUAAAUCGAUCUAUGCUGAAAGGGCCAAAGUGUUAAAACAAAGUAUAGAAAAGUAUUUACCUGCUGGAACCGAAGUUCAUGGUGGCGAUGGAGGAUAUUUCCUUUGGGUGAAAUUACCAGAAGAUAUUGACAACCGUGCAGUGAUUGGACAAUUGGCCAAAAAAGACGUCAUAAUCCCAAGUGGUGAGGGUUUCGAAGUAUUGGGAUCUGAAAAUAGACAAAAAUGGGGAGAUCAUUGUGUUAGAUUAAGUAUUAGUUACUUGACCUCAGAGGAGAUUGAGCAAGGGGUCAAGAUAUGGGGAGACGUUAUUGCGGAAUUAGGCAACAAAUGA